UCGGUGGACCGCGGGGCAGGGGAGGAGGGCGGGGCGGCGGCUGGCUUUGCUCCGGACUCUGCCCGGCCCUGGGCGGCGGCUGCAGCCAGGCGGGCGGGCGACGUGGAGCGGCCACGUGGAGCCGCCCAGGGGAGGGCGGGCGGCUGGUGGCGAGGCACUGGCGGCGCGGCAGCCUCGAGCGCUCACGAAGCCGGAGUCCCAGCCCCUCUCCGCGCUGUCGCAGCAGUUCCAGUUCUCGGAAGGAUGUUACCUUGGCAGAUGAGAGCAUUAAUGCUGCCACUGCUGCUGCUCCCGCUGGGUCAAGCUGCUCCCAAGGAUGGCGCCGCAAGGCCCGACCCUGAAGUACAGGAACAGCCCCUAUCCAACCCCUUCCAGCCAGGCCCAGAGGGGCUCCGACUUCUGCAGAACUAUCUAAAGGGACUAGAAAGAAUGGAAGAGGAGCCAGAGCACAUGAAUCGGGAACAGGUUCUACUCUACCUUUUUGCCCUCCAUGACUAUGACCAGAGUGGACAGCUGGAUGGCCUAGAGCUCUUGUCCAUGUUGACAGCAGCUCUGGCCCCAAGAGCUGUUGACUUUCCCAUCAACCCGGUGAUCCUGGUAGUAGACAAGGUGCUCGAGACCCAGGACCUGAAUGGGGAUGGACUCAUGACCCCUGCAGAGCUCAUCAACUUCCCAGGAGAGGCCCCUGGGAAUGCAGGGCAUGCAGAGCCCAGAGAGCCCCUGGUUCCAGCACCCCCAGGACCACAAGCUGCUGGGAGGCAGCCACCGGUAGCUCGGAUUCCAAUGAAACAAGGAACCCUGGAAGCCCUGGGUCCCAGAGAAGAAGCUGGAGGCCAGGAAGAGGCCAGAAGGGAGUCCUUGGAGCCUACACAGGAGGCUGGGCAUCAGGCGGGGGCUGAAGGGGAUACCCCAGGCUCUAGAGGGGAGACCAAGGGACAAGUAGAGGCUGAAGGAGAUGCCCCAGGUCCUGGAGGGGAGGCUGGAAGACAGGCAGUGACCAAGAACAAUGGAGGGGAAGCCAAAGAGCUUCUGGGAGAAACACUGGAGUCCAAGAACACCCCAAAUGAGUUUGAGGUUCAUGAUAUUCAACUGGAGAAUGAUGAGAUGUAAGCCUUGAGGAGAGAGGCCUGCACCUCUCAUGUUUUCAAAGGGUAGGGGUGUGUAUGUUGGGAUGAGGACCACCUCUGGGUCCCCUUUCUGACCCCAGUAGGUGGCAGGUCUUUCUGUGUAGCUCAGGGAGACCCUAUGUUGAGAGGCAGCUUUCAGGCCCAAAUGAACAAUAAACAAAUGGAAUGAAUUCUUCCCCUGGGCCAUUUCUCCACCAGUCUAUCCCCUACAGGGCCACAGGGCAUUGGGAACUGGACAGGCCUCUUGGAGGGACAGAAAUUUAGCUUUCCCAGUGUGCCUGGUCCUGAGGUGCUAAGACAGCAGAGUCUAUAGUCCUAGCUGCAGAUAACCCCAUGAAGAAAGUUCAGUCUAUCCCUGGGACCCAAACAACCUCCUGUUCCCUCUUCACUGGGUACAGAUACCUCAUGUCCUCCUCGCAGUUCAGGAUAGAUGGUCCCCAUCACCCUGUCUCUGUGCAACACCCCCCCCAGUAAUAUUAAUAAUAACUAUCAUUUUAUUGAGAGCCUAGUAUACACCAGGUACUGUGCUGGCAUUUAUGUUGUCUGAUUUUUAUCCUCACAAUAAUCCUAUGACCAGGCAGAAUUAACCCCAUUUGACAUAUAAAGAAAUCACGGGAGAUGGAGUUAAAUAAUAGGCCAUAAAGUGGCACACAGCUAAUUAAACGGCAGAUUUGAAUUCAGAUCUGAGGCUGACAUCCAUGCUCCUGAUCACGUCAUGUGGUGUCACCUUUCCUGCUCCAACUCCAUUUGGGAGAGUUGGCCCCAAAUACAAUAGACCUUUUGGACCUGACCUAUCAGAGGGACAGCAACACUUCGUGUCGGCCACAAAUGUGUCUGAGGUACUGCCUUAACUACAAGGCAGAUGCCGGGCAAUUGAUGGAAGAAGGUAUUUUUGGACUGCGAGGGCCCCACAGAACCACAGAGUUGGCUCCUGCCCACUGGCCUGUGGUCUGGCAUGUUGACUCCUGGCUCUGAGGCCUCUAAGUGGAGCCUGCACAGCACAGAGGCUGGACGAGCUCUUCUCGAGGCUUCUGGUUAUCUGGAUGGAUGGCUGGGCUGUGAGGAGAAAUGUUCUCUUCACCCAAGAGUGCUCAAGGUCUCUCCCUCUCGCCUCCCCCUAGAUGAUCUUCGCCAGGGAGAGCUGAGCCUUCCACAGUCUGAGGACAGCAGGCAACAAGGCCGAGUACUUCCUGCUGCUCUGGCCUAGCAGCAGCUCCACUGGGAGUCAGGGAUGUUAAUUUGGGAAAUGGAGAAAAAGAGGGAAGACUGUAGUGUUAAAGUCUCAGAGCAGUUCUGACAUCAAGGAGAAAUAAGGCUGGGGUUGUGGCUCAAUGGUGGAGCGCUUGCCUAACAUGCGUGAGGCACUGGGUUUGA